GGAAGACUGCUAUCAUGCGUGCCCGGGUCUUUCUCUUUCCUGGACUAGCCAUGCCUAGUCCUGGCAGCCGUUCUUCAUACGUCUAUGGGAGGUUCUCCAAUCGUUCUUCGUUAGGUUCACUUGCUAAGCAGCGGAGGAGCUCAAAGGGUCGCGCCACUCCUUGGAGACGCUCAUCAGCCCUUUGCGCUCGGUCGCCCUCCCGCCCGGCGCUCCACCCUCCAACCCGGGGGAGGGGGAAGGACCAUGGCGGCUAGGAUUGCGCGGCCUUAUUUCCGGGAGCUGCUGGUGAGCCACCGCUCCUACUGCAGCCCCCGGCUCCUGCCCCAGGCCAGGCCGACUAUGGCCAGCCCGUGCCCCAGCCGGUUGAGCAGUACCGGCCCAAGCCUCGCCACUGGGGCGGCUUCCCUGGCACGCUCUGGAUGCUUCGUGGGAGGCCGCUGGCUCCAGGCGGCAGCCACUUUCCCCGUGCGGGACCCGGCCACCGGCACGGAACUCCUCCAGGUAGCGGAUUGCGGCGUAGCUGAAGCGGAGGCCGCGGUGAAGGCAGCCCACCAAGCCGGCGCUGCUUGGAGCGCAGCUUCUGCCAAGGAUAGAGCAGUUUUGCUUCGUAAAUGGUAUGACUUGAUGAUAGAGAAUAAAGAUGAACUUGCAAGGAUCAUUACAGCAGAAAACGGAAAACCACUGAAGGAAGCAGAAGGGGAAAUCUUGUAUUCAGCUUCUUUCUUGGAAUGGUUUGCUGAAGAAGCCCGGCGUAUUUAUGGUGAUAUUAUUCCAUCAUCAGCAAAAAACAGGAGAGUCCUUGUGUUGAAGCAGCCUGUGGGAGUAGCUGCCAUCAUUACACCUUGGAAUUUUCCAAGUGCUAUGAUUACCCGAAAAGUAGGUGCUGCUUUGGCAGCUGGCUGUACAGUAGUAGUGAAGCCAGCUGAAGACACACCUUUGUCUGCCUUAGCACUUGCCGAGCUUGCAAAUCAGGCUGGAAUUCCUGCAGGAGUAUAUAAUGUUGUUCCAUGUUCCAGACAACAGGCAGCAGCAGUUGGAGAGGCGCUCUGCACUCAUCCCUUGGUAGCCAAAAUCUCAUUUACUGGCUCAACAGCUACAGGGAAGAUAUUGCUCCGCCAUGCUGCUGGCACAGUGAAGCGGGUUUCCAUGGAGCUCGGAGGACAUGCUCCGUUCAUAGUCUUUGAUAGUGCUGAUGUGGAGAAAGCAGUUGCUGGAGCUUUAAUAUCUAAGUACAGAAAUUCAGGGCAGACCUGUGUAUGUGCAAACCGCUUCUUGGUUCAGAAAGGGAUCCAUGAUGAAUUUGUCAAGAAGUUUGCCCAAGCCAUUCAGAGGGAGCUACAUAUUGGCCAUGGAUUCGAUGAAGGGACUACCCAAGGGCCAUUAAUUAAUGAAAGAGCUGUGGAAAAAGUUGAAAGUCACAUUGAUGAUGCUGUGUCCAAAGGAGCAUCCAUAGUAACUGGAGGAAAAAGGCACAGCUUUGGGAAAAAUUUCUUUGAGCCAACUCUGCUUUCCAAUGUGUCAACAACUAUGUUAUGCACCCAAGAGGAGACUUUUGGGCCUUUGGCUCCAGUUAUCAAAUUCGAUACUGAAGAAGAAGCUCUCGCCAUUGCAAAUUCAGCCAAUGUGGGUUUAGCAGGUUAUUUCUAUUCUCAAGACCCAGCCCAGAUUUGGAGAGUUGCUGAGAAGCUGGAAGUUGGAAUGGUUGGUGUUAAUGAAGGGAUUUUAUCUUCCGUGGAGUGUCCCUUUGGCGGGGUCAAACAAUCAGGGCUAGGAAGAGAAGGUUCUAAAUACGGUAUCGAUGAGUACUUAGAAAUAAAAUAUGUUUGUUUGGGAGGUUUACAAUAGCCAUUGUUACAACAGUAGCCAAAAUAGAACUAUAGUUUUGGCCUUCCGUAGUCUGUUUUAGCAAAUUAACUUGGGUUUUUUUUUUCUUUUCAUAAAAUAACUGUGAUCAGGUUUACAUAUAGAGAUGUCUGUACUUGAAAUCAUGUCAAUA